AACAGCCACCUCCUGACGUACAUUGGCUGACGGCAAAAAAAAAGGAAAUGUGAACUGCUGCAAGAAGCUUGAGCUGAAGCCCGUCUGUUGCUGUUGGAUUUUUGAUAAAAGGCGAUUACAAAUUUAACCAAAUUAGAACUAGUAUUUAAGAAUGGCUUUAAUUUAACCACCAAAUAUGAUAGUUAACAUUGAGUCAUCUUGGGAACAGAAUCAACUCGUAAAGCUCUGCUACGGAGAAAAAUGCCUUUGCUUCUUCGCUAGCUAGCUAGCGUUAGCUUUCAGGAUGGGCAACAGAACGCUAACCGAACAGGCAAAAUAUCAACGUACAAUGACUUUAUCUUGAGACUACAGUCUCUCGAAAACGCGGCGAGAAAGAGGAGUUUUGUGUGUGCCUUUAUUUACCUCCGAACUGUGUCAACACUAUACAUGAUGAAGAACUGCGAGUACCAGCAGAUCGACCCGAGGGCGCUAUCGGUGUCGCCCUCGUCCACACAGAGCCACACCGAGACUAAAGUGCAGCGGUCCCGGAGGAAAUGGGAAGUGUUCCCGGGGAAGAACAGGUUUUUCUGCAAUGGGCGGAUCAUCCUGGCCAGACAGAGCGGUAUCCUUCCUCUGACACUGGGCCUUAUUGUUGUCACGUGUGGCCUUUUCUUUGCAUUCGAUUGCCCCUUCCUGGUGAAGCAUCUGACCGUCUUUAUACCUGUGAUUGGUGGGGUGUUGUUUGUGUUUGUGGUCACCUCCCUGCUGAGAACCAGCUUUACGGACCCAGGCAUCUUACCUAGGGCUACCCCAGAUGAAGCCACAGACAUAGAGAAGCAGAUAGAUACCUCAGGAUCCUCUACGUAUCGCCCUCCUCCGCGAACCAAGGAGAUCCUCAUCAACCAGCAGGUGGUAAAGCUCAAAUACUGCUUCACUUGUAAAAUGUUCCGGCCUCCUCGGACCUCCCACUGCAGCCUGUGUGACAACUGUGUGGAACGAUUUGAUCACCACUGUCCGUGGGUGGGGAACUGUGUGGGCAAACGCAAUUACCGCUUUUUCUACAGCUUCAUCAUCUCUCUGUCUUUUCUGACGUCUUUCAUAUUUGGCUGCGUCGUCACGCACAUUACCCUGCGUUCUCAAGAAGGCAAAAGCCUCGUUCAAUCAAUUCAAGAGAGCCCUGCCAGUGUGGUGGAGUUGGUGAUUUGCUUCUUCUCCAUCUGGUCUAUUAUGGGCCUCUCAGGCUUCCAUACAUACCUAAUAGCCUCCAACCUCACAACAAAUGAAGAUAUAAAGGGCUCCUGGUCUAGUAAAAGGUGCACGGAGGAUUCUGGGAACCCGUACAGUUACAACAGUAUUAUAACAAACUGCUGUGCGACGUUAUGUGGCCCCAUGCCCCCCAGUCUGAUUGACACAAGAGGUUUCCUGUCUCUUGAUGAGGCGAUCCCUGCUGCUUCGGCCUCGGAGCUAGAGCUGCCUCCCUUCACAGCCAAGAAUGACGCACACAUGUGCACUCAGAGUACCAAGGACGUGCUGGAGAGGAUGGUGCACUCCUACGACAUUCAUGACCUGUGCCCUCCUGGAACACCAAAGACCACGCCUCUGGGCCUGGAGGUUUCCAGCACAGCAGCACCUUCCACGGAACCUUCUCCCUCUGCUGGCUGCCUGCGACAGCACGCCCUCCAGCCUAUGGCCGAUCCUUGCCCUCCGUUCAGCAGAAGCAGCAAGAGGAGAGACUCGCUGCACUCCAUCAACCCAGCCUUCCGCCUGGCUUCUCCCUCUCCGUCGCUGAGCCACACUACCUUGAUUCUGGGCGAUGCACCCGCAAUUGGCUUCAUCCCGCUUCCCUGAGUACACCCAGUAACCAUAAGAGAACAGAAGGAGUCAAUGUUUUUGGCUACAAAGCAACUUUUUCAUAGUUGUGGUCAUACUGUGUGUUACCGUUUGGUAUUUCAAGAUGUCAUUUUGAUGAAACAGUUUACCCCAAAAUCAAAAAUACACAUUUUUCCUCUUACCUGUAGUGCUAUUUAUUAAUCCUAAUUGUUUUGGUGUGAGUUGCAGAGUGUUGGAGAUAGUGUGUAGAGAUGUCUGCAUUCUUUUGAAUACUAUGGAACUAGAUGGCACUCGGCUUGUGGUGCAAAAUACAUUAAAAAAAACUCAACGGCAAUGUCUCUUUCCAGAAAUCACGGUUACUUAAGAUAAUCCACAAACCUUCUUGUGAGCUGUUUUGUGUCAAAACUAUUUUCUUUCUGCCGAACUACACCCGCCAACAGUAUCACCAUGCAGAAGAAAGGGUGCAUCUACUCAUGGAGGAGAGCCUCGUGACAGCGCAAGAUGUAAACAUUAAUGCCGUCAUCCUCGUCUGAGCUGUAACUAGCUGAGUAGAUGCACGCUUCCUUCUGCACGGUGAAACGGUUUGUGGGUGUAGUUCAGUAGAAAGAAAAUAGUUCCUACAUGAAAUAGCUCUCAACAAGGUUUGUGGAUUAUCUUGAGUAACCAGGCUAUAAUUUCUGAAAAGAGACAUUUCUGUUGAGCCUUUCAAAUGUAUUUGUUUGCCACUUUGAGCACCACAAGCCGAGUGCCAUCUAGUUCCAUUAUAUUCAAGAGAAGGCAGACAUCUCUACGGCUGAUAUCUGCAACACUUCCCAUCCAAAAUGAUCUAGAUUGAUAAAUAGCUCUAGUAGUACUAGUAAUAGUACUUUUGAUCUUUGGGUGAACUGUCCCUUUAAUGAUUACCUGAAGAGAUUUUAUGUUCCGUGAGUUUGAUCAAUAAUGUCCGACUAGACUACGUGUCCUUUUCAGGAUGAAGGUAAAUCUUAGUAAUUCUUGGAAGCACAAUGUAGAGAUAUUUUUUUAACACCUUUUUAUUAAAACGCCCACAACAUGCCUCAAACACCUUCCACAGAACCUCCAGCCAUACGUCCCAGCCGCAGUGUUUGAGUUCUUGCUAUUAUAUUAUGCAAACAGGUGUUUAAAUCUGAGAACACUUACAGUGUGAGUGUGGAUGCAAGCACAGAAUCGAAGGUUUAGAUUUACUGAACUGGCGUGCACUGGAUAGUGAACCAUUUCAGGACUAUCCACUCAAAAGUUGGCCUUAUGUCAUUUCCUGUCAUCUAGAUCUACAUCAUCCAAGGUUCAUCAGGUGGAUCCAGUUUUUUUGUUACAGUUUUCAGAUGAAUGAGCAAUCAGAGUUUGAAGAGGUGCACUUUUUAUUUAAUUUUAAUAUUUGCACAUCAAGGUCUUUGCUGUAUAUUGAAAUCAGUUCUGCAUGCCUUGUAUAUCGGAUGCUCUGAGGCUGAAUGGUUCAAUAUAUUUUCUUUUUGUCAGGUGUAUCGCUUUAGUAGAUUAUUAUUAUUAUUAUUGAAAAAGGAUGUUGAAAACUGAGUGAAUUUGUUCUGAUAUUUUUAAUGUAUUUUCUAUGUUGCUCCACACAUUUUCUGAUGUCCACGUUGCUUUAUCUAAUUUAUUGGAUGUUAAAACCAUGUAUUUAAUUUAAAUCUAAAUCAAAGCAACCAGGGCUUGGUUUGCAGUAUUUAUCUCACUCAUCACAUUGUCUUUGAAUGUGAUUCACUGGGAUGCUUUCAGUCCCAGUGAGCAGCUGUUUUUUCUUUGCCUCGAGGCACAUAGACAUACGUUGCCUGUCAAACGUGUCGGUGGUUACAGAACAGGCUCGAUUGUUCGAGUGUUUCAAGCAGAGCAAUGUUUUAGGAAUGUUGAGGAGGUCUUUAACAUGCUCAUGUUUGUCACCUUUUAGUUUUUUCUUAUAGUAUGACAGUUAACCCUCUGUGAUGGUGGAGUAUAACAAUGAAUAGCAGUAGUCAGUUUGUGCCACCAGGGGGCAGCAUGUGAAUACGGAUUGCAGCCCAGUCAGAGGACACUUUUAGUUCAAUGAAAACUGUUAGAAGAAAGGCCUUUUUCAUGUUUUAUUUAUUUUUUUGUAAUUGAGCAUUGAAGCUGUACAUAGCUUGUGAGGAACCACGUUGCCAUAGUCACUGGGUCGUUCAUUUAUCAGUCUCCAUCAAGACCCAUAGGUCGUGUAGACAUUCACAAGCAGUGCUUGUAUGAACAAACAUGUUUGUUUGUAUUUUGUAGGAUGUAACAGUGGAACUGUAACAUUUGGUCAAUAAAGAAUAUCACAUUUGUUGAUUUUUUUCCA